UCUUGGAAAUAGAUUAUUUAAAAAAUUUAAAAGUCGUUUCAGAAUCAAGGACGUGACGCGGCAAAGCUGUAUCUCAAGCAGUUCUCUCAAGAUUGAGUCGCUAUCGUUUAUAUUGAACGGUUAAAUCAAACGUAAGCUAUUUACUGUUCAUCCUUUGUAUACAACGUUCACGUCUAGUAUACUCGAAUAGAAAACAUUUUGUUCAACGUCCAAUAGACCAACAUCAUGGAUCAAGAUACGGCUUGCAAGAGUUUCAGAAGUACCAAAGAACUCUUGGGUCAUCUAUGUUUGCUACUUUUCAUUAGUUCAUUGCCUCGACUGACAUUGGCAACCGUGAGUACUUCCGAUGUUGAUCAAAUAGGGUUUACACAGAUCAAGCUCGUCAAAUUCAGUUAUUUGUGGAGAGUGCAAAACUUCAGCUUGUAUGCCGAAGCAAAAGGGGAACAAUUUAAUUCGCCUCCAUUUUUUUCCGAGGAAAGCGAGCGUUAUAAUUGGAACUUAUUAUUAUAUCCUCGAGGAAUUUCGAACGGCAAUUAUUUGUCGGUAUUCUUGCAGUAUGUAACCGGCAAUGCGCUCAGGGUUAAAGCAGAGUAUAAGAUAUCUAUUUUGAACUCUUCAUACGAUGAAAUACAAACAAUCGGAGCUUUUGGAACCUUUGAUAGAAAUGGAGUUAAAUAUGGAUCUCCCUCAAUAAUUGGUAGAGAUUAUGUUUUAAAUGCAACUAACCAUGUCUUACGAAAUGACGAACUCGCUAUAUACGCCGAAGUUACAGAAUUCAGAAUCAUUCAGAGACCCAAGUAGUUUUUAUGUGACACGUGUAUUAUGUAAAAAAGAAUAUUAUUGAAUGUAAUAGAUUAAAAAACUUUGAAAAAUAAUAAAUAAUUCAUGCUAAUCGUUAUCCGGAAUACAUAGACACUGUUAGAACUUAUCUUACUAUUCAUCAAAGGAUAAAUAAAUUAGACGACUUAUUUUCCUUAUCCUCUAUUUUAAAAUAAUAAUUUACAUUGCAUAGCAGAGUCAUUUCUAAAAUUAUGACUAAUCUCAGAAACAUCGGGUCAAUAAAAAUUAGAUACAUGAUUUCAAGAUAGGUUUAUCUAGCUUACAAUGUUAUCACUGUUAUCGAACGAAUAAAAGAAGGAACCUAUCCUCAUGUGCGUGACAGUUUGCAAGCAAAGCACAGUUUUGUCGAAGCAAGGAAUGUCAAGGAAUAAAAACUAAAUUUGUUAUUAACACAAAGUCAAAAAAGUUUUGCACGGAAGAUAAACACGAUUGGAUACCAUGGACGUAGAUACAAAUGAUAAAAUUGAUAGAAGAAAUAUUACAAAACAAUUCAUCCAGCUAUUCUUACUGUUUUCAAUUUUAUCACUGCCUCGCAAAUAUCCGCAAAAGUGAAUACAUCAGAUGUCGGGCAAUGGGGAUCUAUACGGAGAUUAAGUCGUUCAAGUUUAAUUACUUGUGGACAGUGAAGAACUUUAGUCUAUACGAAAAGGAUGGAGGAAUAUCUCUUGAAUCGCCAUUCUUUGACGAUACAGUAAUCAACGAUCCUUGUAACUGGAGUCUUCUGUUGUAUCCUGAAGGACAUGAAUCUGAUGAGGAAUACUUAGCGAUAUAUGUACAAUACGUAAGUGGUAGAGAGUCAUCAGUUCGAGCAGAAUACAAAAUAUCUGUUCUAGACUCUUCGUACAACGAGAUAAAAACAAUUGAAGAUCAUAGUAUUAUUGAUAAAGGUGGAUUGGGAUCAGGAUCUCGUAAAAUGAUUCUGAGAGAGCACGUAUUCGAUUUAGUUAACAACGUUUUACGAGAUAAUGAACUUGCAAUCUACGUCGAAGUGGCAGAAACCAGAAUGCUCAAGGGACGUAGAAUUAUAUUAUAGGCACAACUACUGUAUAUUAAUAAAUUUGUUUUGAGAGUUUUGUCAAAAA